AUGGUUGAUGAUGAUGGAAGUAAUCAAGUAUCUGGCGGACCUGAAACUGAUGGGGAGGAUGAUGAUGCUGAGUAUGUGAAGAAUAUUUUAGAGUUGACAGAUGAUGACGUAAUGGGUCUUGAAUUUGAUUCGGAGGAAGAAGCAGUAAAGUUUUAUGAACGAUACGGGCAAUGUUUUGGUUUUGGGGUAAGGAAGGAUAAUGUGUAUCGUGGACCCAAGGGUUGUGUUGUUACACGUCAAUUAGUUUGCAGUAAAGAGGGGGCAAGGCACAAGAAAUACAUGGAACGUGGUGAUCGGGUUAGAGCUCCAAAGCCAAUUACAAGAGUCUCAUGUCCGGCCAGAUUUCGCGUUCGUUAUGAAAGAAACUCAGGUAAGUGGAAAGUAACUCUUUUUGAGAAGUCUCACAAUCAUGAAUUGACUCCGGUUGACAAAGUACAUCUGAUUUCUUCAUUUCGCCAAAUAAGUGAGUCUGACAAGGCCCAGAUUAAUAGCCUUAAGAUCCACGGUGUUCGGACAUGUAAUAUAAUGGGGUUGAUGUUAGGGCAGAAAGGUGGUCAUGAAUCUUUGGGCUUUACUAAGAAGGAUCUGUACAAUCAUAUUGACAAGGAGAAGCGGAUAAGAGUUGGGAACGGUGAUGCAGUUGCUGCUUUAUCCUAUUUUGAGGCAAAGUCUGAGAGUGAUCCUAUGUUUUUUUCUAAGUAUACUAAAACUGUUGAUGAAAAUUUGAAAGACCUGUUUUGGAGUGAUGGAGUAAGCAGAUUAGAUUAUCAUGCAUUUGGUGAUGUUGUUGCUUUUGACAGUACAUAUAAAAGGAACAAGUACAACAAGCCUCUUGUUAUUUUCUGUGGCUAUAAUCAUCAUGGGCAAACAACAAUUUUUGCAUGCGCUUUGCUAACAGAUGAGUCGGCUAAUACAUAUAAGUGGGUUUUGGAAACUUUUGCUGAAUGUAUGUUUCAGAAGCAUCCGAAAGCAGUUGUUACUGAUGGUUGUUUGGCUAUGAAAGAAGCCAUUCGGUGUAUCUUUCCUAAUGCCCGUCAUAGGUUGUGUUCAUGGCACAUUCAACAAACUGCAAUUGAAAAGUUAAAGCAUUCAGAGUUUCUGGAUGAAUUUUCAGGGCUGAUUUAUGCUAAAAUGAAUGCAGAAAAAUUUGAGAGAUUGUGGGCUGAAGCUGUUGAAAAGUAUGAUCUUGCUAAUAAUGAGUGGGUGAGAUAUAUGUAUGGGUUGAAGACAAUGUGGGCGGCGGCUUAUAUGAAGGAUCUAUUCUUCGCAGGCAUAAGAACCACUUCAAUGUGUGAAGGGAUUAACUCAUUUAUCAAGAGUUAUGUGCAGUGUAAAAACAGUUUGAUUGAUUUUAUCCACAAUUUUGAAAGGGUUGUCAAGGAGUACCGACACAAUGAGUUGGUAGCAGAUUUUACAACUAUGUACACGGAGCCUGUGCUAACAACUCCACUCCGUGAAAUUGAAAUUGGCUUUUCCAAGCUUUUGACAAGGAAGAUGUUUGAAGAAGUGAAAUCUCAGAUUCAACGUGUGGGUGGCUUAGAAAUUACUCAAAGGGCAGAGGUAAAUGGUGUGGUCAUGUUGAGGAUGCAUAAGUUUUUGUAUGAGCGGCGUGAAUACGUUGUUUUAUAUGAUAAGCAUUCUGUGAAAUUUGUAUGUGAUUGUGGAAACUUUGAGUAUUGUGGUAUUCCUUGCUCCCACAUCAUAUGUGCGAUGAGAAAAGAAAGGGUUGAUGAAAUUCCUCCUAGUCUUAUAUGUAAACGCUGGUCAAGGAAUGCUAAAGUUGAAAUCAUGCAUCAUAUUAAUAAUUCUGUUGCUGAAAAUGAUGUCAAGAAAUUAGCUAUGCUGCGCAGGGGUGUGUUGUCAGCUGCUUGCAACAUACUGAACGCAGUAGCUUGUGAAAAUGUUAAUGACUUUCCUGAGGUUAUUGUGGAUAUUUACAAGCUGGCUGAAAAGGUCCAAAGGCGCCGGGCAGGAAACUCUCGACUACGCAUUGGUCCAUUUUUGAUUGGUGAUCCCGCUGUGGUUACUACAAGGGGCCGCAAGAAGAAUGUUGGGAAGAAAAAAAGGCUAUGUGGUAGAUGCAGGAUGAGUGGGCAUACAACCCGCAAGUGCACACAAUUGCCUCACCCAGAUGGUUCUCUUGAUGUUGAUACGGGUGAUUCCUCUGUUGAGUUUGGCGAGGACGAUAGUGUGCAGGAUCAGGUUGAUGGUCUUAUGCUGGAUAAUGGAAGGAAGCGGAAAGUACGAUCAACAAAAAACACGCCAAAUGCAAAAGGGAAAACAGCAACGCCAAACAGGAGAACUGGAACACCGAGAGGGAAAAAUGCCACACCAAACAAAAUAUCUUCAACAGCAAAUGGGAAAGCCAAGCAUUUGAGGGAUGAUCAUGCUACAGAAGCUGGUGGAGUUCAGCAUUAUUCGCAUUAUCCAAUGAAUAUGGCAAAUGAAUUUGCAAUGUUCCCUCAAUUUCCUGAAAACGGAAAUUACCAAUCAUACCCUGGUAUACGUAUUUCAGAACCAGGUUCUUCUUCCACAAUUCCUAAGUUUAUGAGUUAUUUGAAUGAAGUUGAACGGAAUGCGAUGGUUGCACGGGUUGAAAAAUGCACUUGGUGUGCUAAGGCAUGUAUGCCAGAUUUUGUUGAUUCCAGACAUGGUUAA